UUCGCUGUUGCGUCUCCGCCCGCCCCCUGAUUACACUCCUACUUGAGUUUCCUUCUGGUGUUCGUCUCCAUGAUUUGACAUCGGGAGGUUGGGAUAAGAUCUCGACAAGAUAGACAAGCAACUGGAGGUAUGGCGGUUUAAAUUCGCCACACAGGACGCAGACGCAAAUGGUGUUCAUUUUAGCCGCGACUCACAUGGACUAGCAGGUCUUUUCUAAGUACGUAUCAGCGGUAUACUUUGUUGUUACUUGCGGAAGAUGGAAAGUGCGCGGACUGCUGUGUCGGCCGUCAGGUUGGCCGAAGGCAGCACCAUGGCGGUAGGCUCGGCGAAAUCUAGCUUGGACGCAAGUGGUGCGAAGUUAAAGAAAUCAACUGGACUUGCUAUCGCCCUCAGAUCGGUCGUGGAUGAUGGCGGUGGAGGUGAAUUGAAGACAGAGAGCGCUGGGCAUCUGGGAGCCCCUCGCGUGGAUGUAACGUUACGCAAAGGGAGUAAACAACCGCAGGCAGCUGCAGACACAGCCGUCGCAAAUAAAACUACUGUCAGAACUUCAAAAAAUGGCCGCGGUUUAACUAGCAAUUCGAAUUCGCUGCUUUUAAAAAGGAGACGACUGAAGAGGAAUCUGUCCGCUGCAGCAGUCACCGCUGCCACCUCAGCUGUCUCGGCCGGGGGAGGGAAGAUGAAUUCAGCCGCCUCUUCGUCGUCUUUGCACACACGCAGCCUUGAUAGGAAGACUUUGCUCCGGCAUCGACAGAACAUGCAGUUACAGCCCUCCGAUAGACAGUGGGUGCGCGCGGAUCUACACAGGGGAUCCAUACAUGUCCACGACAAACUCACGCCCUCAUAUCCUAGGCCGGUGUUGUGUACACUGGAAAGUACCGCUGGUGAAAUAGCAUGCCGCCUGAGUCAACUAAGCAGUAAGUCAGGUUCUGUAGUUCGUCUUGUGGGUAAGUCGUAUCCUUCGACUGAUCUUAAUGGCAACUGUAAUGGCAAGUACAACUUCAACCACCCGUUGUAUAAACAUAAUGAAAAUGGCAGCUCGGGGUACAGCCAUUUGGGUUCCCCCAGACGCUCUGAAUUCAGAGGCCGUCAGGCAGACCAGCCAGGUGACAGAUUGAGACUCCUGCUCCUAGACAAGGAUGAUGAUGGGCACAGACAUGAAUUUGACAUGAGUUUGUACUCAUCUGAUACUCAGUCAGACGACAACAUUCUGCAUCACUCCUUGACAGAUUUCAACUGUAAUAUAAACGCAGACACGCCGAAUGACGACGAUUCAGAAAGAAGGUUUAGUGGUCAUGACAUCAGUGGGAGAACCUCUGGGUCAGAUGUCGAGAGUAGUGCGUUCGAUGACCUUAGUUCUGGAGCCCGACUCAGCGAGCACCGAGACUCCCUUAGCGAUGACAUGAUUCUGGGCACUGAUGCGUCUGCUCUGAGUCCAACGUUUGACAGCAACACCGAGCCCCUCGACACCUAUGGCAGUUCGUCUGACGAACUAGAACAUGAUUGCCCUUCGUCUAUGGCCGCUGACCCAUGCCCUCAAGACCUUAGUAAAUAUCCAAAUGGUAAAAACGGUGGCAGCAGUGGGAUAUUUGGCGAGCUGUUAAACACUGAGAACGACAGCAGACUGGAACCACAGUUUCUGGGCAGUAUGCCACCGAGCAGUAGCUCCAGCUCUUUAUCCAGGGCCUGUUCUACAGGUAAUACAACCGAUACACAAGACCCCGACAGCCACCAAGGCAGCGAGGAAGCGGGUCCGGUGUCAGAAGACGACGCCACCCCAGCACUUUACGUUCAGCUGCACGGAGAGGCUGCCAGGAGACUGGGCCGAGACGAGAGGCCCCUGCAAAUCCAGAAUGACUUUCUUUUCAAGUUGGGAUUUAAGGACCCAUGGAGAGUGCAAGAGGAAGGCAUGAACACGGAGCUGGGGUCCCUGUUACGUUUUUACGCAGGGAAGCCGCAGAUCAUUGAGAGCUCGGAGCGCGUGCAGCUCUCGGGGACGUACAACGUGCGCAAGGGGAAGCUCCAGCUGCCGGUGAACAGGUGGAGUCGGCGGCAGGUCAUCCUGUGUGGCACCUGCCUCAUGGUGUCCUCCGUCAAGGCCAGCCACACCGGCAAGAUGCACAUCCUGCCUCUCAUCGGCGGAAAGGUGGAAGAGGUGAAGAAACACAACCACUGUUUGGCCUUCAGCUCGGCAGGCCCCCAGAGUCAGACCUACUACAUCAGCUUUGACAGCUUCACUGAGCACCUACGCUGGCAUCGACACGCAGCCAAGAUGGUGUCCCAGAGGAUCAGCUCGGUGGACCUGUCCUGUUGCAGUCUAGAGAAGCUGCCGCCCAACUUGCGCUACAGCCAGGACCUCACCCAUCUCAACCUCAAACACAACUUCCUACCAGCAGACCACACACUACAGCAACUGCACUGGUUCACGCGAUUACGGAGCCUCAACCUCUCUAAUAACCACCUGGGCUCUUUCCCGCUGCCCAUCUGCUCCAUCUCCACGCUGACGGAGGUCAACCUCAGCUGCAACCACCUCACCUCCGUCCCCAGCGCAGUGGGCAACAUGCACAAUUUGCAGACGUUCCUGUUGGACGGGAACCUGCUGUCGUGCCUGCCCAGCGAGCUGGGCUCUCUGCAGCGGCUCACCUACCUGGGCCUGUCCUUUAAUGACUUCCGGGAGGUGCCGGUGGUGCUGGAGCAGCUGGGCUCGGUGGAGCGCCUCUGCAUGGCCGGCAACAGCCUCGGCCAGCUCACCCUGCAAGCUUUCCGGCUGCUGCGCAUCAAGCACGUCGACCUGAGGCUCAACAAGAUCGCCAGGCUAGUGCCGGACGAGCCGGAGUUCCUGCGGCACGUGACUCAGCUGGACCUGCGGGACAACGGUCUGACGGAGCUGGACGCCACCCUGUUCCCCCGGCUGGAGGUGCUGCACUGCGAGAGGAACCGCCUCACCAGCCUGCGCGUCAAGGGCUGCCUGCUCAAGGGCCUCUACGCCGCACACAACGAGCUACGCGAGCUGGAGAUCAGCCCGGCUGCCACCAACCUCACCUACAUGGACCUGUCCAGGAACUGCAUGGAGAGCUUGCCCGAGUGGCUGGGCGAGAGUAAGAAGCUGGAGGUGCUUGACAUCAGCCACAACCAGAUCAAGGAGCUGCCCCCAUGGGUGUUGUGUCGAGGCAGCCUGAGGAAGCUGCUGACGGGUCAUAACCGGCUGCAGCGGCUCCCCGACCGCGUGGAGCGCCCCCUCCUGGAGGUCCUGGACGUGCAGCACAACCAGCUGCAGGAGCUGCCCUGCAACCUCUUCCUCAAGUCCGACAGUUUAAGGUGCCUGAAUGCGUCAGCCAAUAAGCUGGAGAACCUGCCUCCCUCCAGCCUAUCAGAGGAGAGCCACAGUAUCCUGCAGGAGCUCUACCUCACCAACAACCACCUGACCGACAAGUGUGUCCCGCUGCUCACAGGCCACACCCACCUGAGGGUGCUGCACAUGGCCUACAAUCACCUGCAGACCUUCCCUGCCAGUAAAAUGGCUAAGCUGGAGGAGCUGGAGGAGGUGGAUCUGAGUGGUAACCGGCUGAAGGCCGUGCCCACCACCAUCAUGAACUGCAGACGCAUGCACACGCUCAUCGCCCACUCCAACAGCAUCGAGGUCUUUCCCGAAGUCAUGCAGCUCAUGGACAUGAAGUGUGUGGAUCUGAGUUGCAAUGAACUGAGUGAGAUCACACUGCCGGAGAAUCUGCCGCCGAAACUCCAAGAGCUGGACCUGACUGGCAACCCCCGCCUCAACCUGGACCAUAAGACCCUGGAACAGCUGAACAACAUCCGGUGUUUCCGCAUUGACCCGCCCCCAACCUCCUUCUCAGCCAAUGAGGCCUCUGGAGGGCCUGCUGUCUGGAGCCAUGGCUACACGGAAGCAUCGGGAGUCAAAAACAAGCUGUGCGUGGCGGCACUGUCUGUGAACAGCUUCUGUGGGAAGCGCGAGGCGCUGUACGGCGUGUUCGACGGGGACCGCAACGUGGAGGUGCCCUACCUGCUGCAGUGCACCAUGAACGACAUCCUGGCAGAGGAGCUGCACAAGACCAAGAGCGAGGAGGACUACAUGACCAACACCUUCCUCGUCAUGCAGCGAAAACUGGGUACAGCGGGCCAGAAGCUUGGCGGCUCGGCGGCCCUAUGCCACAUCCGGCACGACCCCACCGACCCGGCAGGCUGCUUCACGCUGACCGCGGCCAACGUGGGCAAGUGCCAGGCCAUCUUGUGCCGCGACGGCAAGCCGCUGCCCCUCUCGCUCCUGCACAACAUCGGCCUGCCCGAGGAGUACAACCGCAUACGUCAGCACAAGGCAAUCAUCACCGAGGACAACAAGGUGAACGGCGUGACGGACUGCACGCGCAUCAUGGGCUACUCCUUCCUGUACCCGUCCGUCUUGCCGCGGCCGCACGUGCACACGCUGGCCCUGACGCCGCAGGACGAGUUCUUCAUCUUGGGCAGCCGGGGCCUCUGGGACGCCGUGGACGCCGCCGAGGCGGUGGAGGCGGUGCGGAACGUGCCGGACGCGCUGGCGGCCGCCAAGAAGCUCUGCACGCUGGCGCAGGGCUACGGCUGCACUGACAGCCUGAGCGCGGUGGUGGUGCGCCUGAGCGUCAGCGAGGACUGCUGCUGCUGCUGCUGCUGCUCCUCCACCAGCGUGCUGCCUCACCCGGCCACCGCCUCCCUGGGAGGAGGAGGAGGAGGAGGCGCGCACCACCUCCACCUCCACCACCACCACCCGCAGCCGCCCCCCAGCCCGGGCCUCUACCCGCCCGGCUCUGCCGGCGGCCACCACCACCACGGCAUGGCCCAGCCGUCCUCGGGCAGCGAGCUGAGCAGCGAGGUGAGCACGUCGGAGAUGAGCUCGGAGGUGGGGUCCACGGCGUCGUCCGACGAGCCCCCGCUGCUGCUCCCCGAUGCCCACCUGCUGCCCCCUCCGCACCUGCAGCUGGCAGGGGCGCUGCACAUGUCUGGUGGGCACGGGCACGGCAUGACAGGUGGAGGUGGUCAGGUGGGCCGCAGCGGCAGUGGCGGAGACCUCCUGGCGCCCUCCUCCUCGGCGCUGGCGUCGUCGGUGUCUCGGGGCAGCUGCUGCGCGCUGCACGCCAGCUGCCUGCCCGCCGCCUUCCAGCGGCAGCUCUCCAGCGCCACCUUCUGCAGCGGAGCCGCGCUGUCCGACAACGCGCUGGACAGCGAGGACGAGGAGCCCAUUGCCGGCGUGUUCUCUAACGGCAGCCGGGUGGAGGUAGAGGCCGACGUGCACUGCCGCGGCCAACGCAGCCCCACCGACGCCAACGGCACGCACCCUUUCUCAACGCCUGUUGCCACUGAGGAGAAUACUACCACUGCUACUGCGUCUGCCGCUGCUGCUGUGGAUGUCACUGCCUCUGCUUCUGAUGAUGCUACUGUUGCUGCUGAUGCUGAUUCGUCUGUCGCGUCUGAUGCGUCUGGAGAGACCCCUGCGUGCACGCCCACCAACGCACCAGACACCACAGCCGCGGAGACCACCCAGCCCACGCAGCCCACCCAGCCGGUUGUCAAGGACACCGUUGUGACUGAGACAGUCCAACCUUCUGCUUCUUCUUCUUCUGCUGCCCAGACCGACACCAACGCCACCACCACCGCCUCCAUCGUCGAGGCACCCUCCUCCUCCACUGUUGAAGUUCAGGAAGAGGUGUCUGAAGUGUCCACCCUGGGGGAAGUGGAGAAUGGCCUAGACGUGGAAAAGGAGAGCGGCCAGAACAAGGUGUCGACAUUGGAGAGGGAGAAGGGAGCUGGAGGGUUAGUGCUAAUGGCCGCCGUAGGAGGAGGAGGAGGAGGAGGAGAGCACGUAAGGACACUGGGCCGUCGGCAACGGGGCAACGGGUCGGUGGCGCCGCAGGAGCGCAGCCACAACCUGAUCGAGGUGGCCACCGAGGCGCCGUGCCGCAAGCCGGGCGGCUACUUCACGGCGCCGGCGCAGCCCGACCCCGACGACCAGUUCAUCAUCCCGCCGGAGCUGGAGGAGGAGGUGAAGGAGCUGAUGAAGCAGCACCAGCAGGAGCAACAGAGACCCGCCACCGGGGGCGCCGCCGAGCAGCCCAGCGACUACUAUGACACACCACUCUGAGACCAGUGUCUCUCUCACACACAUGUAACAUGCGUGCACAUGCAUAUAUGCGCACACGCAUACACGUAACAUGCACGCUCAUACGCGCACACACACACAAUGCCCUGAGCUUAUGCGUACACCGAAACUCACACAAGCACACAGGCACAGCAUGACGGUGGUUGGGCUGUGUCAAACACAUGCCGAGACCACUCAGAGAUGUGAAAUGCACACGCUGAUGAUAGGCUCAUGCUUGCUGUUUUAACACACACACACACACAUACACACACAUAAAUACAUGCAUACUUAGCACUUUUUAUCCCUUGCAUUCAUGUGCACACUUUGGACUGCUGACAGGAAUAGAGAUAUACACCUAAACUAUAUUGCACACACACACACCCAUGCACACAGAUGCACACAUAUACACUGAUCUAGCUGUCAGUACCACUUUUAAAGAUAUAUAAAUAUAUAUAUAUAUAUAUAAAUAUAUUUUAUAUUGUGCACAACCAAACAUUCCAUCUGAAAGGACACACACACACACACACACACACACACACACACACACACACACACACACACACUUUAGAGCAGUCCUUACGCUAAUACAAAGUGCACAGAAAGACCACACCACUGGAGAACCUUGUACCUGAGCAGCCAAUUUGGAUGAAUGAGUGUGAUGGAGCGAAAGUUAAAAAUGAGAAUGGAGGAGGAGGACGAGGAGGAGGAGAAUAGCCUACGUUGCGAGAGAAGACAAAUCCCUUUAAGAAAAAAAAGACUACAACCCCCAGAGUGACCUGCACACUGCUGUGCCUCACCCUUUAAAGGAAUAGAGCAGUUCACUACUGAACACAUCACAUUGACAUGACCUACCACCCCCCCCCCCCCCCAACCCCCCCACUCCAUCUCACCGCCUAUUUACCCAACACCACCCCACCCCACCCCACCCCACCCUGACAGACAAACAACAGAUAAAUAUCCUCACCAGUCAACACUAGUCCUCAGCAUUACUCUCUCCACCUGAUUUAAAUUUUAAUUUUUACCUUUUUUUAUUUUAUUUUAUUUUAUUUUAUUUUUUUAAAACCAUAUCGUUCAACACAAGAAAUACAAGACUGAGUUUUAAAAGCAUAUAAAAGAAAAGACAAAAAAAAAACAGAAGAAACAAAAAUCUACAGUCUUUUUAUGAUGCAUAAACUUGUGUUUGUAUGGUACACGUCCGUAAUACCACGCUUAACUGUUGUAGAUAGGGCACUUAAAUGAUACUGUAUUUCAGUAAAUUGUGGCUUUGGGCCUGUAAAAAGAACAUAGAAAUUUAGUAGAAAUUUGAAAGACUAACUCCUAGGAGUUGUUUACUCUUUAUGGUGACCUAGUCACUUCUUACUAAUCUUCUCUGAGAGAAAUGGUGAUUUUUUUUUCCAAUGAUUGUAAAUAAGACAUUGUAUACUGAUGCUUUUUAAAGGAACUGUGUGCGUUUGUGACAAGCCUCACCCUCUCUUGUAUGCGUACAGUCUCACAUUGCGGCCACAAGUAAACCGGAAACACUGACACCACCUUCACACACACACACACACACACACACACACACACACACACACACACACACACACACACACACACACACACACACACACACACACACACACACACACACAUACACACACACACAUUGCCAAAUGCCACUCAAACAUAGGUUAAGAUUGGUCCUAUACUAUUGACCUUUCUAACACACACACACGU